UGAGUCGCGGUUACGCGGGCAUGGUGGGAACAGCAGUUCCACGCCUGCGCCGUCUGGCUCGACGGAUGGCAUGCGGAUGAUUUUGAUUGGGCCGCCGGGUGCUGGCAAGGGCACGCAAGCGCCCAAAAUCAAGGAGCGAUAUGGCUGCUGUCACUUGGCGACCGGCGACAUGCUGCGCGCCCAAGUCGCGGCUAAAACCGAGUUGGGCCGGCAAGCAAAGAAGAUCAUGGACGAGGGCAAGCUGGUUUCGGACGAGAUCAUGGUGAACAUGAUCCAGAACGAGCUGGACAACAACAAGGAGUGCAAGAGCGGCUUCAUCCUGGACGGUUUCCCGCGCACCGUCCCGCAAGCUGAGAAGCUCGACGGCAUGCUUUCGAUCCAACACAAGCCGCUCAAGUACGCCAUUGAGCUGCAAAUCCCCGACGAACUCCUCGUGGCCCGCAUCACUGGACGUCUGAUCCACCCGGCCUCCGGACGUUCAUACCACAAGAUCUUCAACCCGCCCAAGAAGGACAUGACCGACGAUGUGACCGGCGAGCCGCUCAUUCAAAGAAGCGACGACAAUGAGGCGACGCUGAAGAAACGGUUGGGAACGUACCACGACCAGACUGGUCCGGUGACUGACUACUACCGCAAGACGGGCAUCUGGAGUAAGGUCGAUGCGAGUCAGGAGCCUGGGCAGGUGUGGAAGAGUCUUCUCGGGAUCAUGGAACCAGGCUCGGCGAGUGGGAGCUUGAUGAGCAAGCUUGGGCUCAAGGGUUAAGAUGUAGACUGUUCGAGCCAUUGCUUGUGAGGGCAGCGACGCGAGAGUUGCUUCAAAGGCGGCUUGAGUGAGGCGUCUCUAGCGUUUGCACUGAAAAGACUCUUGGAGAAAAUAUGUUGGGUCAGGGCA